CACCAGUAGCGUUGCCGCGAAUAGGUAUAAGCUACUCACCGAGGAAGUCCUAGGCCUGACUAGGCCUGACUACGACUGCUGAAACGGAAAGAGAACUGAGACUUGCCGCGGUCCGCCGCGAUGUGUCGCGACACCUUUGACGGCCGCCACCGCCUAGCGCCCGUCCCGACCGCAGUAAGUCGAAGUCUCAUGAUCCUCUUACUCCCAGCCACCUUGUAGCCCUCGACGACGUAGGCGUUGUCGAGUCAUUGUCUGACCGCUUCAACGACCUCGACUUAGCCAUGAACUCUACAGAGCCGGCCCUGGCUCUGCUCUCGAAGUCGCAAGUCAACUACAUCACCGCGGCAAAACCACUCUACUAUGUCGCUCGCCCCUCACUCUCAGAUUGGCUACCAGACCACCUGCUGUCACUAGCGGCGCCCGUCAUCGCAUACUGGGCUGCGUCGCUCUUUUUCCAUCUUCUCGACAUCUCCAACUGGAAGGCGCUUGACCCCUAUCGCAUUCACGACUCCGAGGAGGUGAAGUCGCGCAACCUUGCGUCGCGUUGGGAUGUCCUCAAAGCGGUCGUACUCCAGCACAUUGUACAGACGGCGGUCGGCUUUUGGUGGAUAGAGGACAAGCCUUCAGGAGAUCUGGUAGACCAUGUGGCGAGUAUGGCAAGAAAGGCCCCUGCAUUGCUCAGCAUCUUGAGGACGGUACUCGGAGACCACCAAGGCAUGAGUUUGUGGUUGACCUAUGGACACGAAAUGCUGUACUUCGUGUACUGGUGGGCAAUACCUACUGCAAAACUCCUUUUCGGCAUGUUCAUCAUCGACACAUGGGAAUACUUCCUUCAUCGCGCCAUGCACAUGAAUACGUUUUUGUACAAGACGCUCCAUUCCGUGCAUCACCGCCUUUAUGUCCCGUAUGCUUAUGGGGCACUGUACAACCAUCCACUCGAAGGCUUCCUCCUCGACAGCGUUGGCGCAGUUCUCGCCGAGACUAUCGCGUGUAUGACUACUCGAGAAACUAUCCUUCUCUUCGCUGUUUCGACGCUCAAGACAGUGGACGACCAUUGUGGAUAUCGCUUCCCUUGGGAUCCUCUGCAGAUGUUCUGCGAGAACAACGCGGACUACCAUGAUAUUCAUCAUCAGGUCAUCGGUAUCAAGAACAAUUUUGCACAGCCUUUCUUCGUUCACUGGGAUGUCUUGCUCGGCACUCGGAUGACGAGGGAAGACAUCGAGAUCAGGAGGAGGCUGGCGCGCAGGACAGAGUAACCGGAUGGCAUGCUACGCUGGCAAUGAAAACCCUCAAGAGGCUUCUUGUAGCAAUCGUACACUAUCUUAUCUUUUCUUUGUUUUUUGGGUAUGUAUUCCUAUGUUUUACUUCAAUCUUACCGUAAUGGUGUCCCCACAUAGAUACGUAACUUAUAUCUCAGUCCAAUGUCUU